AUGAAUCAAUACUUGGAAGCUGUGCUUUGUAAUGUUACUAAUGCUUCAGAUGUUGACAAUGGAGUAAUCAAUAAUGAUGCUAAUAAUUCUUGUGACGAGAUUGUUGAUAACGUUCGUAAAGAAAUUCAUCCUGUUUCAUUAACUGUUCAUAAACAAAACCCCGAGAAUGCUGAUAAUAUAAGAGAAGUGAGAAAAUGUGCUACGGAUGGACUUUAUAGAAAAAUGGGAGCCAAAUCUAGGUCAUUUCGUAAUAUUUCGAAAAAGUUAUAUCUGUAUACGAAAAGAACCGAAAACGCUGAUGCUUUGGUAAAUAUUUUGAUUACUAAAUUGUUACUUGAUUUCGAUGUAAAUGCUCCUGAAGUGCUUUUUGGAUUUUCUGAUCAUAGAAUCAAUAAAAAUGUGAAAAAAAUUAAGGAUUUUGGGAACUUUUUGAAUAUAGAUGUCACUAAAGCUCAUGUAAUGAAUAGAGAGACUUUGUGUUUAGAUAUAAUUGUCGAGGCUAUUAUCACAUUUUCGAAUGCAUUCAUUUGUGAGGAAGAGCUUGAUCCUAUUAAUUUGAUGAAACAUAUAGAACAAAAAGUUAUUGGAGUGCGUUAUAAUGAAGUUGAAUUUGAAACACCUGAUUCUGCUUUGGAAAAACUGUAUGGAAAUAAGAGUGAAAAUGAUGAUGCCCUGACUGAAUAUUAUACAGCAAAUAAUGCAAAUGAAAAUGAUAUGACGAAUGUUGAAAACAUUAAUUAA